GUGCUUAUCCCAGAUCUUAAACUCAAGUCAAACAUUUUAGAGGGUCUGAUUCAAGAAAUUGUCAAAUACAAAGUUUAUGUCACAGACAGAGAGUUUGACAUGGUUGGUGAGGCACUCCUCUCCAAACACCCUUGUCUAACAGAGAGGGGCUCAGUGACAGGAUAUGCUGGUUGGAAGGCAAGCUUAAAGAAUAAACUUGCGAUUUACCGUACCCAUUUGAGAAAACUGGGAUGUCCUGAGGUUUUGGUGAACUCUGUUAAGCACAAGCCUGAGGGUAAAUCAAGUGCUGCCUCUGCCAUCAAAAGACCAAGACGUUCUGAAGUGAACUACUGCCCCCCUUAUCCCACUGGAGAAUCAGAUCAGAGUCUGGAGGGUCUGAGAGUGGAACUCCUAUCAGAUGUGAAGAAGCGGAACAACAGGGAGGCAGUGAGAAGGAAAAUGGACCAGACCUUCGCACACAGGAGGUAUGAAGUGGUUCGAGACAAACCAAUGGUUGAAGAUUUCAAGAACAGAUGGCCAGCCCUCUUCGAUGUAACUGAGAUAAAUUUAGAGUUCAAACGCAUCACCACCAUACCGCUACAGUCAAGGUUUUUAUCUCGGAUAGACGUGCUGUCCGGCAAACUCCUCAGACUGUUUGAGCGAAGAGGUGGACAGAUGGGGAGAGUGCUCAAAGAUAUUGUGGCACCCAUGGCUCAGGAUGACGAUGUUGACCUCGGUCGAGGUUGUAUCAUCAAAGGACUGUGUGUGUACCUCAAUGAGGAACCAGGAAACUUAGUCAAAGAAUAUGUGGGCGCAGACGAAACCAAUGAAAGAUCCAUCGAGGAGACCACUGUUGGCAUUUACGUCCUGAAAGCAGACUGCAACUCAAACCCAGAUGACAUCGGCAUAGUGAUUGAAGGACAGGUGGUCUUGCAGGAACUGGACAACUUUCCGUUAGCUGUUGCCAUGUUGUUUGGCUUGAUUUACACACUGAACCUCGACUACCCUCGUGACCUCAAAUAUACAUUUGAGGUGCUCCAAAAAAUCAUCAUGGAGCUGGAGGGCACCACUCUUUCCAAAAAAGCGCAAGUGCUCAAGAACAGACUCUGUGAAUGAGUAUUUUAUCUGUCAAUGCAGAUUUUCUAAGUGUUUACAGAGAAAAGGUUAGGUGUUCCUCAGUUUUUGAAAUUUUACAGUUACUAUAUAUUUUUGAUAUGAAAAUAGUAUAUUUUUUCAUUCUUGCAGCUAAAGAGUCUUUUUUUUUUUUUUUACUACUGGAGCUUGUUCGUAAUGUUUUGUGUAAAGCCGAAGGACACCAUGCUCUGCAAGAUGGCUCAAGAAUUUAAGAACCGUACUGUUGAUGAUUUCAAAGUGUUCAGAAGAAACUUUAUACACUGGUUUUCCUCAGUGUUGGAUAUGCUUUAAAUAUGUCGUGCUGUGAUAUGUGUUUGCACAGUACUGUAUAUUUUUGAUGUUCAGUGCCUAAAAAUGUGUCUGCACAGUACUCCAUUUUUUGAUGUGCAAUUUUUAGUGCUUCAAGACUUGUUUGCACGGUAUUGCAUAUUUGUGAUUCACAUUUUUAUUGUUUAUUUUUAUGUAAAGACCUGUUUUCAAAGUAUUGCAAUUUUUGGAUGUGCAGUUUUUUUGAAGGUUCAUGAAAAAUGUUCUAAACUACAGCUGCUUUGUAAUGCUUUAGUGUUGAACAUCAGCAUGUCAAAGCAUUUUUGACAGUUUUGAAUUCUGUAAUUCAUCUUUGAAUUAAAAGUGGCUCAAGAUA